GUUGCUGCUGAUUCAAUAGAGAGACACCCGAUUACAAAUGCUAUUGAUGGAAAGAACACUUGGUGGCAGAGUCCCAGUAUUAAGAAUGGAAUUGAAUACCAUUAUGUGACCAUUACUUUGGAUUUACAGCAGGUGUUCCAGAUUGCGUAUGUGAUUGUGAAAGCAGCUAAUUCUCCUCGGCCUGGAAACUGGAUUUUGGAACGCUCACUCGAUGAUGUUGAAUACAAGCCCUGGCAGUAUCAUGCUGUGACGGAUGCAGAGUGCCUAACCCUCUACAAUAUUUAUCCCCGCACUGGACCACCAUCAUAUGCCAAAGACGAUGAGGUCAUCUGCACUUCAUUUUAUUCCAAGAUACACCCCUUAGAAAAUGGAGAGAUUCACAUCUCUUUGAUCAAUGGAAGACCAAGUGCUGAUGACCCUUCUCCUGAACUGCUAGAGUUUACCUCCGCUCGCUAUAUUCGCCUGAGAUUUCAGAGGAUCCGCACCUUGAAUGCUGAUUUGAUGAUGUUUGCUCACAAGGACCCAAGAGAAAUUGACCCCAUUGUCACCCGAAGAUAUUACUACUCGGUCAAAGAUAUUUCUGUUGGAGGGAUGUGCAUCUGCUAUGGCCAUGCCAGGGCUUGUCCACUUGAUCCAGUGACAAAUAAAUCCCGCUGUGAAUGUGAGCAUAACACAUGUGGUGAUAGCUGUGAUCAGUGCUGUCCAGGAUUCCAUCAGAAACCUUGGCAAGCCGGGACUUUCCUGACUAAAACUGAAUGUGAAGCAUGCAAUUGUCAUGGGAAAGCUGAAGAAUGCUAUUAUGAUGAAAAUGUUGCCAGGAGAAAUAUGAGUUUAAAUAUACAUGGAAAGUACAUUGGAGGAGGUGUAUGCAUCAAUUGUACCCAAAAUACUGCUGGUAUAAACUGUGAGACAUGUAUGGAUGGCUUCUUUAGGCCCAAAGGGGUAUCUGCAAAUUAUCCAAGACCCUGCCAGCCAUGCCAUUGUGAUCCAGUUGGUUCCUUAAAUGAAGCCUGUGUCAAGGAUGAAAAACAUGCUCCACGAGGUCUGGCACCUGGGUCCUGUCAUUGCAAGCCUGGCUUUGGAGGGGUGAGCUGCGAUCGGUGUGCCAGGGGCUACACUGGUUACCCAGACUGUAAACCCUGUAACUGCAGUGGCGAAGGAAGCACAAAUGUGGACCCUUGUUUCGGACCUUGCAACUGCAAGGAAAAUGUUGAAGGUGGAGACUGCAGUCGCUGCAAACCUGGCUUCUUCAAUUUGCAAGAGGAUAAUCCUAAAGGUUGUGACGAGUGUUUCUGUUCUGGGGUUUCCAACAGAUGUCAGAGUUCCUACUGGACCUACGGCAAUAUAUUAGACAUGAGUGGCUGGUAUCUGACUGACAUCUCCGGCCACAUUCGAGUGGCUCCCCAGCAGGACAGCUUCCAUCCACCUCAGCAGAUCAGCAUCAGUAGCGUGGAGGCCCGCGGAGCCCUGCCACAGGACUAUUACUGGAGCGCCCCAGCCCCGUAUCUGGGAAACAAACUCACAGCAGCUGGAGGACAAUUGACGUUCACCGUGUCAUAUGACCUCGAAGAAGAAACAGAAGAAGAUACAGAACAUGUACUCCAGCUUAUGGUUAUUUUAGAGGGAAAGAGCUUGAAAAUCAGCACAGCCCAAGAUGAGGUGUAUCUGCAACCAUCUGAAGAACACGUUAAUGUAUUAUCACUUAAAGAGGAAUCGUUUACCAUACAUGGCAGGAAUGUCCCAGUCAGUAGAAAAGAGUUUAUGACAGUGCUUGCGGAUUUGAAGAGAGUCCUCAUACAAAUCACGUACAGCCUUAGGAUGGAUGCCAUCUUCAGGUUGGGCUCUGUUAGCCUUGAAUCUGCUGUCCCCUAUCCUACUGAUGGGAGCUUUGCAGCAGCUGUGGAAGUUUGUCAGUGUCCACCAGGGUAUACCGGCUCUUCUUGUGAAUUGUGUUGGCCUAGGCACAGACGAGUUAAUGGCACAAUUUUUGGUGGCAUCUGUGAGCCAUGUCAGUGCUUUGGUCAUGCCGAUUCCUGUGAUGACAUCACCGGGGAAUGCCUGCACUGUAAGGAUCACACAGGUGGCCCAUAUUGCAAUAAAUGUCUUCCUGGUUUUUAUGGCGACCCUACUAAAGGAACCUCUGAAGACUGUCAGCCCUGUGCCUGUCCACUCAAUGUCCCAUCCAAUAACUUUAGCCCGACGUGCCAUUUAGACCGAAGUCUCGGAUUGAUCUGUGAUGAAUGCCCUGCCGGGUACACAGGACCCCGCUGUGAGAGGUGCGCAGAAGGCUAUUUUGGACAACCUUCUGUACAUGGAGGAUCAUGUCAGCCAUGCCAAUGCAAUGACAACCUUGACUUCUCCAUCCCUGGCAGCUGUGACAGCUUGUCUGGCUCCUGUCUGAUAUGUAAGCCAGGUACAACAGGCCGGUACUGUGAGCUCUGUGCUGAUGGAUAUUUUGGAGAUGCAGUUCAUGCAAAGAACUGUCAGCCUUGUCGCUGUAAUGCCAAUGGCUCCCUCUCUGAGAUUUGCCACACGAGGACAGGACAGUGUGAAUGCAGACCCAACGUGCAAGGCCGGCGGUGUGAUGAAUGCAAGCCUGAAACCUUUGGUCUACAGUCGGCAAGAGGGUGUGUUCCCUGCAACUGCAAUUCCUUUGGGUCUAAAUCCUUUGACUGUGAAGAGAGCGGUCAAUGUUGGUGUCAGCCUGGAGUAACAGGAAAGAAAUGUGACCGCUGUGCCCAUGGCUAUUUCAACUUCCAAGAAGGAGGAUGCACAGCUUGUGACUGUUCCCAUCUGGGUAAUAAUUGUGACCCAAAGACCGGCCGAUGCAUUUGCCCUCCCAACACCGUUGGAGAGAAAUGUUCUAAAUGUGUCCCUAAUACCUGGGGCCACAGCAUUAUCUCUGGUUGUAAGGCUUGUAACUGCAGCACGGUGGGGUCCUUGGAUUUCCAAUGCAACGUAAACACAGGCCAAUGCAACUGUCAUCCAAAAUUUUCUGGUGCAAAAUGUACAGAGUGCAUUCGAGGUCACUGGAACUACCCUCACUGCAACCCCUGUGACUGCUUCCUGCCCGGGACUGAUGACACGACCUGUGAUCCACAGACUAAAAAAUGCUCCUGUACCAAUCAGAGUGGGCAAUGCACUUGUAAGGUGAAUGUAGAAGGUGUCCACUGUGACAGGUGCCGGCCUGGCAAAUUCGGAUUGGAUGCCAAGAACCCACUUGGCUGCAGCAGCUGCUAUUGCUUCGGCGCGACUACUCAGUGCUCUGAAGCGCAAGGACUGAUCCGUACGUGGGUCACUCUGACGCCUGAGCAGACCAUCCUGCCCCUGGUGGAUGAGGCCCUGCAACACACAACUACCAAAGGCAUCGUGUUCCAAACCCCAGAGAUUGUGGCAGACAUGGAUCUGGUGAGACAAGAUCUCCGCCUGGAACCUUUUUAUUGGAAACUUCCAGAACAAUUUGAAGGAAAAAAGUUGAUGGCCUAUGGCGGGAAACUCAAGUACACCAUCUAUUUUGAGGCUCGAGAAGAGACAGGUUUCUCCACGUACAACCCUCAAGUCAUCAUUCGAGGCGGGACUCCGACUCAUGCUAGAAUUAUCACCAGGCAUGUGGCUGCUCCACUCAUUGGCCAGCUGACAAGGCACGAAAUCGAAAUGACAGAGAAAGAAUGGAAAUAUUAUGGCGAUGAUCCACGAGUCAGUAGAACUGUGACCCGUGAAGAUUACUUGGAUGUACUAUAUGAUAUCCAUUAUAUUCUUAUCAAGGCUACUUAUGGAAAUUUCAUGAGGCAAAGCAGGACCUUUCCACCAAUAGGAAAGCUUAAAAAACUCAAAAGACAAAAUAGUGAAUGCAGACUUUCCUUCUUACGCAUGCACACCUCUCAGGACACACUUUACCGCUUCCGUUGCACAUGGAAGACCCUAAGAUUCUGUUUUCAGACAUGCACACCAGGAUUUUAUCGACAGCGUUCUGAGCUGGGUGGUCGCACCCCUGGGCCAACCCUGGGCACCUGUGUCCCAUGCAACUGUAAUGGACACAGCAGUCUCUGUGACCCUGAAACCUCCAUAUGCCAGAAUUGCCAGCAUAACACUGCUGGUGACUACUGUGAAAGAUGCGCUCUCGGGUACUACGGAAUUGUCAAGGGAUUGCCAAGUGACUGUCAGCAAUGUGCUUGCCCCCUGAUUUCUUCCAGCAACAAUUUCAGCCCAUCUUGUGUCAUGGAAGGACUCGAUGAUUACCGCUGCACAGCUUGUCCACAUGGAUACGAGGGCCAGUACUGUGAACGGUGUGCUCCCGGCUAUACUGGCAGCCCAAGCAGCCCCGGAGGCUCCUGCCAAGAAUGUGAGUGCGACCCCUAUGGCGCAAUGCCUGUUCCCUGUGACCCUGUCACAGGAGUCUGCACCUGUCGACCCGGAGCCACGGGGCAGAAGUGUGACGGCUGCGAGCACUGGCAUGCGCGCGAGGGCAUGGAGUGUGUUUUUUGCGGAGAUGAAUGCACGGGCCUGCUUCUCGGUGACUUGGCUCGUCUGGAGCAGAUGGCCCUGAGCAUCAACCUCACUGGCCCAUUGCCUGCUCCAUAUAAAAUUCUGUAUGGCCUUGAAAAUAGGACUCAGGAACUAAAGCACUUGCUUUCACCUCAGAGGGCCCCAGAGAGGCUCAUUCAGUUGGCGGAGGGCAACCUGAAUACGCUUGUGACAGAAAUGAAUGAGCUUCUGACCAGGGCUACCAAAGUGACGGCAGAUGGUGAACAAACUGGACAGGAUGCGGAGCGGACCAAUACAAGAGCAAACUCCUUAGGAGAAUUCAUUAAGGAACUUGCCCAGGAUGCCGAAGCUGUAAAUGAAAAAGCUGUAAAACUAAAUGAAACUCUAGGAAUUCAAGACAAGGCCUUUGAGAGAAAUUUGCAAGCGCUUCAGAAAGAGAUUGAUCAGAUGAUGAGAGAAUUGAGGAGGAAAAAUCUAGACCCACAGAAAGAAGUUGCUGAAGAUGAGUUGGUAGCUGCAGAAGGCCUGCUGAAGAAAGUGAAGAAGCUGUUUGGAGAGUCCCGAGAGAAAAAUGAAGAAAUGGAAAAGGAUCUCCGGGAGAAACUGGCAGACCACAAAAACAAGCUUGAUGAGGCUUGGGACCUGUUGAGAGAAGCUACAGAUAAAACCAGAGAAGCUAAUCGCUUAUCCACAGCAAACCAGAAAAACAUGACUGAUUUGGAAAAAAAGAAAGAGGCUCUUGAAAGUGGCAAACGGCAGACUGAGAAUACUUUAAAAGAAGGCAAUGACAUACUUGAUGAAGCUAACCGUCUCGCAAAUGAAAUCAACUCAGUCAUAGACUAUGUUGAAGACAUUCAAACUAAAUUGCCACCCAUGUCUGAAGAGCUGAAAGAUAAAAUAGAUGAACUCUCCCAAGAAAUAAAAGACAGGAACCUUGCUGAGAGGGUGUCCCAGGCUGAGAGCCACGCGGCUCAGUUGAAUGACUCAUCUGCAGUCCUUGAUGGAAUCCUUGAUGAGGCUAAAAACAUCUCCUUCAAUGCCACUGCAGCCUUCAAAGCUUACAGCAAUAUUAAGGACUAUAUCGAUGAAGCUGACAAAAUUGCCAAAGAAGCCAAAGGUCUUGCACAAGAAGCUACAAAACUGGCGACAGGUCCUCAGGGUUUAUUAAAGGAAGGUGCCAAAGGCUCUCUUCAGAAAAGCUUUGGGAUUCUUAACGAAGCCAAGAAGUUAGCAAACGAUGUAAAAGAAAAUGAUGACCGUCUGAAUGGCUUGAAAACCAAAAUAGAAAAUGCCGAUGUUAGAAAUGGUGACCUUACGAGAGCUCUGAAUGACACUUUGGGAAAGUUAUCAGCAAUUCCAAAUGACACAGCCGCUAAACUGCAAGCCGUUAAGGACAAAGCAAGACAAGCCAACGACACAGCAAAAGACGUACUGGCACAGAUUAAAGAUCUCCACCAGAACCUUGAUGGUCUGAAGAAAAAUUACAAUCAACUAGCAGACAGCGUAGCCAAAACAAAUGCUUUAGUAAAAGAUCCUUCGAAAAACAAAAUCAUUGCAGAUGCAGACGCCACUGUGAAAAAUCUUGAACAAGAAGCUGAUCGACUGAUAGAUAAACUCAAACCUCUCAAGGAACUUGAGGAUAACCUGAAGAAAAACAUCUCUGAGAUAAAGGAGCUCAUCAAUCAAGCCCGGAAACAAGCCAAUUCUGUCGACUUUCUGGCUAUCGAAAUGCGUAAAGGCAAAGUAAGCUUCCUCUGGGAUGUUGGGUCUGGAGUUGGACGUGUAGAAUAUCCAGAUUUGACUAUUGAUGACUCAUAUUGGUACCGCAUUGAGGCAUCAAGUCCUCAGGUGGAAGAUAGUGAAGGGACUAUUCAGUUUGAUGGAGAAGGCUAUGCAUUGGUCAGCCGCCCCAUUCGCUGGUACCCCAACAUCUCUACAGUCAUGUUCAAGUUCAGGACAUUUUCUUCAAGUGCUCUCCUGAUGUACCUUGCCACGCGAGACCUGAAAGAUUUCAUGAGUGUGGAGCUCACUGAUGGGCACAUAAAAGUCAGCUAUGAUCUGGGUUCAGGAAUGGCUUCCGUUGUUAGCAAUCAAAACCAUAAUGACGGAAAAUGGAAAUCAUUCACCCUCUCAAGAAUUCAAAAACAAGCCAACAUAUCAAUUGUAGAUAUAGAUACUAACCAGGAGGAGAACAUAGCAACUUCAUCUUCUGGAAACAACUUUGGUCUUGACUUGAAAGCAGAUGACAAAAUAUAUUUUGGUGGUCUGCCAACACUGAGAAACUUGAGUAUGAAAGCAAGGCCAGAAGUAAAUUUGAAGAAGUAUUCUGGCUGCCUCAAAGAUAUUGAAAUUUCAAGAACCCCAUAUAAUAUACUCAGUAGCCCUGAUUAUGUUGGUGUUACCAAAGGAUGUUCACUGGAGAACGUUUACACAGUUAGCUUCCCCAAGCCAGGUUUUGUGGAGCUGUCCCCUGUGCCAAUUGGUGUGGGAACAGAAAUCAACCUGUCCUUCAGCACCAAGAAUGAAUCUGGGAUUAUUCUCUUGGGCAGUGGAGGGACACCAGCACCACCCAGGAGAAAACGAAGGCAAACUGGACAGGCCUAUUAUGCGAUAUUCCUGAACAAGGGCCGUCUGGAAGUGCAUCUCUCCACAGGCGGGCGAACAAUGAGGAAAAUUGUUGUCAAGCCAGAGCCAAGCCUGUUUCACGACGGGAGGGAACAUUCCGUUCACGUAGAGAGAACUAGAGGCAUCUUUACUGUUCAAGUCGAUGAAGACAGAAGGCAUAUGCAAAACCUGACAGUAGAACAGGCGAUUGAAGUCAAAAAGCUUUUCGUUGGGGGUGCUCCACCUGAAUUUCAACCUUCCCCACUCAGAAAUAUCCCUCCUUUUGCAGGCUGUAUAUGGAACCUUGUUAUUAACUCUGUCCCCAUGGACUUUGCACAGCCCGUAUCCUUCAAAAAUGCAGACAUUGGUCGCUGUACCCAUCCGAAACCCCAUGAGCGUGAAGAUGGAGCUGUCCCAGCUGAAAUCGUUAUCCAGCCUCAGCCAGUUCCCACCCCAGCCUUCCCAACACCCACCCUGGUGGCACAUGGUCCUUGUGCUGCUGAAUCCGAACCAGCUCUUUUGAUCAGGAGCAAGCAGUUCGGACUCUCAAAAAACAGUCACAUUGCAAUUGCAUUUGANUCUUUGCUUUUAUUUCACAGCCUCACAAUUGAAUUUGAAGUGCGAACCGAAGCUGAUUCAGGCUUGCUUUUCUACAUGGCUCGGAUCAAUCAUGCUGAUUUUGCUACUGUUCAACUGAGAAAUGGAUUUCCCUACUUCAGAUAUGACUUGGGAAGUGGUGACACCAACACCAUGAUCCCCACCAAAAUCAAUGAUGGCCAGUGGCACAAGAUUAAAAUUAUGCGAGUUAAGCAAGAAGGAAUUCUUUACGUAGAUGAUGCCUCCAACAGAACCAUCAGUCCCAAGAAUGCUGAUAUCCUGGAUGUUGUGGGAAUGUUGUAUGUUGGUGGGCUACCCAUCAACUACACUACCCGAAGAAUUGGUCCAGUGACCUACAGCAUUGAGGGCUGCAUCAGGAAUCUGCAGAUGGCAGAGGCCCCUGUUGAUCUGGAUCAGCCAACCUCCAGCUUCCAUGUUGGGACAUGUUUUGCAAAUGCUCAGAAAGGAACCUAUUUUGAUGGAACAGGUUUUGCCAAAGCAGUUGGUGGGUUCAAAGUGGGAUUGGACCUUCUUGUUGAAUUUGAAUUCCGUACAACUAGAACCACUGGAGUUCUUCUGGGAAUCAGCAGCCAGAAAAUGGAUGGAAUGGGUAUUGAAAUGAUUGAUGAAAAGAUUAUGUUUCAUGUGGACAAUGGCGCCGGCCGAUUCACUGCUGUCUAUGAUGCUGGGAUCCCAGGACAUGUGUGUGACGGACAAUGGCAUCAAGUCACGGCCAACAAGAUCAAGCACCGCAUUGUGCUGACGGUAGAUGGGAACCAGGUGGAAGCCCAGAGCCCAAACCCAGCAUCUACCUCAGCUGACACCAAUGACCCUGUGUUUGUUGGAGGUUUCCCAGAUGGCCUCAACCAGUUCGGCCUGACAACCAACAUCCCGUUCAGAGGCUGCAUCAGAUCUCUAAGGCUCACCAAAGGCACCGGCAAGCCACUGGAAGUUAAUUUUGCCAAGGCCCUGGAACUAAGGGGCGUUCAACCUGUAUCAUGCCCAGCCAAAUAAUAAAAAUAAGUUUAACCCCAAGAAGGGUUCUUCGGAACAAGUAUAGCAAGUAAAACAAAUAUAUUUACCUGUGUAUGUUAUUAAAACUAAUUUGUGCAUGUAUAAUGAAUUCUUUCUGUAUUCAGACGGUGCUAAUUCAGAUCCCAGACUGAAUUUUAAUUCAAGUUCUUUCUCAAGACCAUGAAUAUUAAACCAACUAUUUCAUUCUAA